AUGGGUGCUCUGUCUCCUCAGCCUUUGAAUCUGUCUCUUUUAUAUCAGGAGCAGAGUGCUGCUGAUGGUGCUGCUGCAGACGGUGCUGCUGCUGCUGCUUGCUUCUCUUACAGCAACCCUGCAACACGCACUUGGGGGUACUUAUUAAGAAUUUCAGGCUUAGUGCGGCCCUGGCAUGCGCAGCAGAAGCGUUCUAUUCUAGGUGCCUCUGCUUGCCGCUUGGGGGGCCCCCCUUCAUCUCCAGGAGCAGCAGCAGCAGCAGCAGCAACAACACCAGCAGCAACAGCAGCAUCGCCAACCAGCUCGCUGCUGCCCCACAGUGUUGUAGAUAGAUUCUCAGGCUGGGGAGGGGAGACACCUGUUGCUUCGCCACACUUCUCGCGUCAUCCAGCUGCUGCUGCUGAUUUAUACAGGCCGCUAGAAGCGCAGGCUUAUGCUGCUGCUGCUGCUGCAGCAGCAGCAGCAGCAGCAGAAAGCGCAGGAGGCAGGUGCUUCUGGGGGCUACACUACCUCCCCGCGGAACAGACAGCAGCAGGAGCAGCAGCAGCAGCAGCAGCAGUAAAGGCAGGAGCAGAAGACGCCUGUGGAUCGACUGCAGCAGCAGCAGCAGGAGACGCUUGUCAGAGCUGCCGACUUGCUGCUUCUUGGUUGCAGUCUCCUGCUCUGAGCCGGCAGCAGCUGCUGCAUGCAUGCCCUUCUCUAUCAAGCGGCUUUAGCCCCAGCAGUGUGCUGCUGCAGCAGCGGCUGGUGCAGGGUUUGCUGCUGUUUGCACAAGAGGAGACAGGCCUUGUUCGGCUUAUUCAGUUUGAUAGGAAGUACUUCGUUACGUCUGUUGACGGAGAUGCUGUUUUGCUGCACUACUACAGACACCGCACAAAUGCUGCUGCAUGCGCAACCAGCUGGGGCCCCACAGAUGCAGCAGCAGCAGCAGAAGGCGUCGGGUGUACUGACAGCCGAUUCAAACACGGAAGACCUCAUGGACUCUGUGGCUGUAGAGGCAUUCUCUUCAUUGUUGGAGGUAUUGGUGCGAAGGCGUACGACUUGCAGGUGCAGCACGUGGUGCUGCUAGCAGCAGCAAAGGGUUUUUGUGUAUUUUUUCUUUCUUGUCUCCGGGGCAUAGAAACCCCUAUCUCGAAUCUACCUACAGACUUAACAACAAGUGCUGAUGUUCAGGCAGCACUUACAUUUAUCUUGCAUUUGCAUGUACACGGAUUCAAACGAAAGCAGCAGCAGCAGCAGCAAAAGCAGCAGCAGCAGCAGCAGCAGCAGCAGCAACAUGGCGCUGCAGCGGGGCAAGGCAAGGAGCCCCACCGCCGUAGACGCAGCAACGCAGGCGCGACCCAGCAGCAGCAACAGCAGCAACAGCAGCAACAGCAGCAACAGGAGCAGGAGCAGGAAGAAGAGGAGGCGGUGCUGACAAUGAAUGAAGUAGACGAAGAAUUUCGUAAGAUGAUAAUGGAGGGUGCAGAAGAAGUUUUUCUUAGGAAUAUACCGCCAGGGUUUAUACCCCCUGUCUUUUUAAUUGGUUAUUCGAUGGGGUCUUGUGCAGUGCUGCGGCUGCUGGGCUCGCUAGGGCUGCAGCAAGCAAUGCAGCAGCUGCAGCAGCAGCAGCAGCAGCAGCAGCAGCAGCAGAGGGGCAGCGGAAAGGACACCCGACGAACCUCUGCUGCAGAAACCCCCAACAGCAACAGCAGCAACGACAGCAACAACAGCAACAGCAGCAAACGCAGCAGCAGAGGCCCUGCAGAGCCUUCAUUAUUUUGUCGAGAUCUUGCUGCUGCUGUUGCUAGCGAAUAUCUUCCUUCUUUAGAAUGGAGGCGCUUCAUUGCGGGUCUGGGGUUGAGGGUUUGA